GAUGAAUAUAGAUGCUCAUAUAUGAUUGGAUAUUAAAAAUUGAUUAGUGUAAUUUAAAGGCUAGGACAUAGAUGGUGGCUAACUGAAUUGCUUCUACAAUACUCAUGCAUAUAUUAUUGAUAACAAAUGAGAUGAUAUAUAUAUAUAUCUACUACUCACCAAUACGAAGAACUUUCGAGAAAGGAAUCUUAAUGAUGUAAUAUUGCCUACGCAAAUAAAAUACUAUCAACUAUUAUUAUCCAAUCUCAGCACAGUUAGUCUUAUACUUAUUCCAUAUAAAAUCCAAUUUUAAACGAGUUUUUACAUUUAAUCAAUUUCUUGAGUUAUUAGCUUUCUCAACAAAAUGCUAAAAGUGUAUAUUUUAUUCUUCAUUAUAUUUCGUGGAAUUUUUGCAUAUCCUAAAGAAAAAAACAAAUAUGAGAUUCGUAUUCCAGGAGUGACAACAACAAUGGAUGAUGAAUAUUGGUGUUACUCACAGAAAAUUGAGAACGAAACAUUUUAUAUAACUGGAUUCCAGCCUGUUUACAAUCCUAUCUUUGUUCAUCAUAUUAUUCUGUUCGGAUGUGAGGAGCCAGGGAGUCCAGAACGUUUAUGGAAAUGUGGUGAGAUGUCCAAUGACGAAACAUCUAUAUGUCGUGAGUCUGAAUCUAUUGUGUAUUCUUGGGCGAUGGGAGCUCCGGCCUUUGAAAUGCCUUACGAUGUGUCGUUUAAAGUUGGUCAAGGAACGCCAUAUAAAUAUUUGGUACUACAAGUUCAUUACAAAGAUUUCAUGAACUUGGAUGUGAAGGAUACAAGUGGAUUAGAACUGAUUACUCAGUCUACGCCAACCAGUAAAUUGGCUGGAGUAUAUACAUUAGUUAGCGGUGAAAACAUCGGACCCAGUCAAAUAGCUACUCUGGAUGUGGCAUGUUCAUACACAGGCAAUGCUACAUUACAUCCAUUUGCCUUCCGUGUUCACACUCAUGGUCACGGUGUUCUGUCUAAAGGUUAUGUUGUUGAUGGAAGGAAAUCUUAUCUCAUUGGAUCUAAAUCACCCCAAGUUCAUCAAACAUUCUACCCAGUACAAAAUCAAUCACUUGAGAUACACAAACAAAACAUAAUUGCAGCAAAGUGUAUAAUGCAAAAUAAUGAGAGUAGGAUCAUUCGAAUGGGGUAGGUUUUAAAUUUGAUAAUUUUUUUUAUAAAUGUUCAUUCAUUUCAAAUAUUCAGAUAAUAAAUUCCUGUUUAGUGAAGCCAGUGACAAAAUAAAGGGUCUUAUGAAUGUUUUUAAUAUUAGUGCAAGGAUAUUUGUGUAGCAAGCAGCUGAAAACACUGCUCGGAUGUUUUAUCCUACUUUCCAACAGCACAAGCCCACUCGAACCCAAAACCAACGUAUUUUUCAUUGAAUGAGAUCUUAUUUAUGCAUUAGGUCAAAACAUGCUUGUAAUGUACUGCUUCAAAUUUCAGUUAAUUUUUAAUUUAAGGCAUCAGAAUCGAUUGGUAUUAUGUGGCGUUGUCUAUUCACGGAUUAAUUCAUUAACAAAUCGAAGAAGACGCAUUGAUUUUGGUGAAUAAGCGUAUAAUGUUUUCUAAAUCCCAAGAUAGAAAAACUGUAUGAUAAAAUUACUGGUGAAAAUUUCUAUACAGAUAUUUUUUUCUUAGAAAUGUUCGAUCUGUGAACUUGAUUAUAGGAUAAGUGAUACAAUCUAUCACUACCAAUUAAUUGAAGUUAGUGGCGUAUACCAUUGAAUUACAAAUAUUUUUGGAUAACGUGAUGAUGUUUGAAAAGAACGGUACUGGGUUCGAGUCCCGGAGUGAACAUCAACACCGGGAUCAAGGUACAUCCAGCUGAAUGAUCCGAAAUAGAACUAAACGCGCGUCCUGGAUUCUACUGCUAGCCACCAAAUAUAUUUGCUUAUAGUCUGAAGAUAAUGUACUCCCACUGAAUUCUAAAGGUUUUGGAUCCACUGCUAACAAUCCCCAAUCAGAGACCAAAACGUUUUCGAAAUUCUCUGAGGUGUUUAAAUUGAUGUAUGUAUAUGUUUCAUUUCAGUAUCAAUCUCACUGUAGUGUCAAAUACAAAAUAAUUCCUAAUACUUAUAAUAGGAAUUUAUUUUCAUUUUAUAUGAGUAUUUUAACUUUGAUGAGUUUGAUUAUAAUAGAACAUUUGAGAAAUAUGUAAAUUAAUUGAAUCAUUCAUUUCUUUACAAUAUUUAUGCAGAAAUACACGAAAUGAUGAAAUGUGCAACUUUUAUAUCAUGUAUUGGGUUACAAAUGAUAAUGAACAACAAUUAUAUGAUGCAAAUAAUCAAGUUUGUUUUAUGGAUGGUGAAUCGGAUUUUGAUGAAGAAUUUCGAGAGCUUUAUAAAAAUUUACGGGAUAACUCAUUCUUCAAAGAUUUCGGGUUUUUCAAUUCGGACAUAAAUGACCUUUUUGAUAACUUUGAAAAUGAGUAUUUAGAUUAGUAAAUUGAACCAUGAAUAAAUGUCCAUGGUUCAUUUUUUUACAAUAUGAAGUAUUAACGUCAUACAAAUUUCUGUGUGUGUGUGUCAACUGUGAUUUGUUUUGUACUUUCGUGUUUGUUUUUUUUUAAUCUUUAAUUUCGACUUUUUUUCCGUGGACAGUUAUUUGUGAUUGUUCUGUUUGUUUUAACAUUUGAGUUAAUGUUGUUGUUUUAUUUUCUUUGAGAAAUUCUAUCAUUAUGUUUUUGUUUGUUGUACAUGUUCAAUAUUUAUAUUCAUCUUUUUUCACAGAAAAAACAAACAGAUAUUUCAACAUAAGAUUGCAUCAGAGUUAAAUAUAUUUAUUUGACUAAUUUUU